AUGCCUCGCAACGGAGACGGAUCCAGUGACAAUGGACCUAUUGAAGGCCAUGAGAUUCUUCAUGGUACAACUGGAGAUGACUCUCUCCAACACACCAAACACGUAGCACCCAUGCCCGAGGGCGAAAAAGGAGACACCCUGCCUGGUCUCUCAGGUGGCGGCACCGCAACCCAAACAUCCACUUCCACCUCCCACUCGGACUCCAAAAAGCGCCAAGAACCUCACCACGCCUCCCCCUCCCCCACCUCGCACAUCCAGCAAAAACACUCCAAACUAGACACAGACGAAGCCGGCAUCGCGGGCGCGACAUCGCACGCUGAGGCGGUGCACGCACGCGAGCAGCGGGCUAAAGAUGCGGUGGGUUCGGAGGAUGUAGGGAGUGGAGCUGGGGGGCAUGCGGAUGUGGAGAUGUUGCAUGGGAAGGCUACGUUGGAUGAGCAGGAGCAGAAGAGUGAGAAGGGACAGGUUGGAGCGUGUGAUGCGGAGUUGCUUCAGAGGAAGAAGGCUGAGAAGUUUGGGGGUGUGAAUCUACAAGAUGAUGAAGAGGCUGAUGGUGGGAAGAAUGGGACAAGUGGUGUCAACGGGGGAAGUGGUAGGCACGCGGUAGACCGGGAGACUGAGACUGAUGGGGGCCCAGUGGGACAUGCCGAUGGUACCAAGGGUAAGACUGAGGAGUCGUUUGGUACGCAUAACAACGGUGAGACGCAGGGUAAGAGCAAGGAGCAUGGUCACGAUGUCGUCCAUGAGGCGGAUCUGUUGCAGAGGAAGAAAGCUGAGAAGUUCAGGGGCGUGAACCUAGGUGACGAUGAGGCUGAUGGGUCUUCUGUGGGGAAGAGCAAGGCUCAUGGUAGCACUCAUGGGGGAAGCAGUGCUGAUAGUGGCGCUGUUGGACAUGCGGAUACCAAGGAUCACAACGGAGACCAUGCGGGUGCUGAGACGCACAGCAAGGGCAAUGGACAUACAUCGGAGGGUAAGAAAAAGGACCACGGCCUUGAUCUCGCCAGCGAUGCGGACCUGUUGCAGAGGAAGAAGGCGGAGAAGUUCGGAGGCGUCAAUCUCGGCGAUGAUUAG